GGUGGGUUAGGACUGUUGCUUGGUGCUUUUCUUGGUGGGUGGUUCCCGUUAGGUGUGGGGAUACGGGUGUAUGUGGUACAAGGGGGCUUUUUUUUUCAGGGGAGAGGUUGUGGAACUUGGGAUGGGGGGGGUGGGUUGAGGGAUACGCGGACUAAGGGGUUUUUUGGCUGUUGGAUGGGGACGGGGGCGGUGAUUUGA